CCACGCCUCCUCCUCCCCAUCGUCCCGCCCACUGGGCUCGCCCCUGCGCACCAGGGCUGCGUGCGUCUCGGGAGUCUGCGCCACACGUCACCUUCGUGCGACGGGACUCGCCGUUCUGUUCGUGGCGUGUUUCGGCGGCUCCUUCAAGGAUCCGCGUGACCUUCCGCAUGUUCUACCGCACAGUCCGGGGAGGGGGCUGGCGGAGUCCAAGAACUUCUCCUUGAGGCCGGGGUGCCUCGGCGGACCCUCCGGACCCAUCGGAGACGUGAGGCAGAGUCGCUUUAUUUCUAACACCAAUUUCAAACUAUUUACCCUUGGAUAACAGUGCAAUUAUAUGAAAGUAUGGCUGGGUAUAAGCCUGUAGCGAUCCAGACAUAUCCUGUACUUGGUGAAAAAAUCACCCAAGAUACACUGUACUGGAACAACUAUAAGACCCCUGUUCAGAUCAAGGAGUUUGGUGCAGUGUCAAAAGUAGACUUUUCUCCACAGCCUCCGUAUAAUUAUGCUGUCACAGCUUCUUCAAGGAUUCACAUUUAUGGCCGAUACUCCCAAGAACCUAUAAAAACCUUUUCAAGAUUUAAAGACACAGCUUACUGCGCUACUUUUCGGCAGGAUGGUAGACUGCUUGUGGCUGGCAGUGAAGAUGGUGGCAUUCAGCUUUUUGAUAUAAGUGGGAGGGCUCCCCUCAGGCAGUUUGAAGGCCAUACUAAAGCAGUUCAUACAGUAGAUUUUACAGCUGACAAAUAUCAUGUGGUCUCUGGGGCUGAUGAUUAUACAGUUAAAUUAUGGGAUAUUCCAAACUCCAAAGAAAUUCUGACAUUCAAAGAACAUUUUGAUUAUGUGAGGUGUGGAUGUGCUAGCAAACUGAACCCAGAUCUCUUUGUAACAGGGUCAUAUGAUCACACUGUGAAGAUGUUUGAUGCACGAACAAACCAGAGUGUUAUCUCUGUUGAGCAUGGGCAGCCAGUGGAGAGUGUCCUGCUUUUUCCCUCUGGAGGUCUUCUGGUAUCAGCAGGAGGUCGUUAUGUUAAAGUCUGGGACAUGCUAAAAGGAGGACAGUUGCUAGUGUCUUUGAAAAAUCAUCAUAAAACUGUGACGUGCUUAUGUCUGAGCAGCUCUGGACAGAGGUUACUUUCUGGCUCACUGGAUAGGAAGGUGAAAGUAUAUAGCACAACUUCCUACAAAGUAGUCCACAGUUUUGAUUAUGCAGCUUCAAUUUUGAGUCUUGCACUUGCACAUGAAGAUGAGACAAUAGUUGUAGGAAUGACCAAUGGAAUACUGAGUGUUAAACAUCGGAAAUCUGAAGCAAAGAAGGAUUCUCUUCCCAGGAGAAGAAGGCCUGCAUAUCGAACUUUUAUUAAAGGAAAAAAUUAUAUGAAACAACAGGAUGACAUUUUGAUCAACAGGCCAUCAAAGAAACACCUAGAAUUGUAUGACAGGGAUCUGAAAAACUUCCGGAUCUCUAAGGCACUUGACAGAGUCCUUGAGCCCAGUUGUGCAAUAAAGACGCCUGAGAUUACAGUUUCCAUCAUAAAGGAGCUAAAUCGAAGAGGAGUCCUUGCAAAUGCCCUUGCAGGUCGAGAUGAAAAGGAAAUCAGUCGUGUUCUUAAUUUUUUGAUAAGGAAUCUGUCCCAGCCAAGAUUUGCCCCUGUUUUGAUUAAUGCUGCCGAAAUAAUUAUUGAUAUAUAUCUACCUGUGAUUGGUCAGUCACCUGUAGUUGAUAAAAAGUUUUUGUUACUUCAAGGACUUGUAGAAAAAGAGAUUGAUUACCAAAGAGAACUACUAGAAACCUUGGGGAUGAUGGAUAUGCUUUUUGCUACCAUGACAAGGAAAGGAAGCACUUCUUUGUUGCAGCAAAAUACAUCUGAUGGAUUUCUAGAGAACAAGAAGAUUGAAUCAUAGUGUGCGCUUAACAGGACACAUAAGAACUCCUAACUUGGAAUAGAUUUGAUGCUGUUAACUACUGGGAAGAGAAUCUCUUUGAUACAUUUAAAAAAACUAUUUACAGAAGCAAUUUUAUGGAAGAGACUGGAAUAACUAUGCUUGGAAAAUAAGAACCUGUUUUUAAACAUGAUUUUCCAUGUGCUGUUUUAAAUUAUCUCAUGGCAUCUUCAGCUGGAAGAUCUUCUCAGUUGUUUUGGUCAUAGUGUAUGUCCAUCUUGGACAAGUUGACAAUUUUAAUACAGCAGAGUUCUGUUUCAGCAACUAUUUCAACCGUCUCCAAGCAUUCAGAACUCUGGAGACAGUUUCAACUAGGAAUCCUGCCAAAAGAACAGGGCUUUAUUUUUCCCUUCUAUCCUGGAAAAACAACAACAACAAAACAAAUGGCAACGACAAAUAAAUUCUUUCUUCAGUCUAAUCGGUGCACUUGGGAUUCCCAAGCCCCAGCUGAGUUUGCCUCCCUCUCCUUGAUGUCAUCACUUAUCCCAGGUCACAUGUUCCACCUAGCUGGUGAUUGGACUGUAUCUGUUCCAAGUGUGGCAAAUUAGUGGCCAACUCUGAAUAAUUGACCCUAGUUUGACCUGUAUUCAGAGAGUGUGAUGAGGCAGAUUUGAAUACUAAAAACUGUGCUCACUAGCCCCUGUUUCUUUUUCUUUCUGUAAUCUUGACUGUGCUUCUCAGGACAAGGUCUGCAGGUAGGCCUUACAGACCAUGUUUUUCCUCUUCCCCGAAUAUGCAGCCUUUCUACCAGCUUUUCAACUUGCUUCAGGUCAGCGGAAUGAUAACAUUUGCCAUGUCUCUUGUGAUUAGUAGCCUUUCAGCGUUUUUUAUACAUAUUGAUAUAUUUGGAGCUUAUCUUGUAGCUACCUACCUCUGAAAACCAUUUGAUCUGUGUUUAGGUUUUUUUUUUUUUUCCUCUAUUCUUAACAUCAUUUUGUGUUUCAGAACCCCAAACCAGAGUAGCUUGUUUUGGAAAAUACUUGUGUUUUUUAAAAAAAGUUCAAUGUAAAUCACAUUUUUUUAUAAAGAAAUUCAUAUUUUC